GUAUUGGUGGAGAAGGAUUCAGUGGACAUGGCCGGAAAUGCGCAAUUCGAAAAGUUAAUUCAAAGGCUAGAAGUUGCUACAACGCGUCUUGAAGCGCUUAGCUCUCAAAAACCAGCGUUGGCUCCUAAACCUGGAUCUACAGUUACUGCUGCGGUAUCAGCACCUGGUUAG